UUUUCGUUUGGCGCGCGCGUCCCACGGAGAAGUGUUGGUGGACUCUCUUGGCUUUUCUCUCGGGUCUCCUCGGGUUUGGCGUGUCUUCGGAGCGUGGUGUCCGCGAUUGCCGACAUGCCAACGUCUGUGCUGGGCUCGGUGAUGGCGGCCUCUACGUCGUCGGCCGCCUCCCUGCAGGAAGCUUUGGAAAAUGCGGGGAGGCUUAUCGACCGACAGUUGCAAGAAGACCGCAUGUACCCAGACCUUUCGGAGCUGCUCAUGGUGUCCGCCCCAAAUAGUCCCACUGUUUCUGGAAUGUCUGAUAUGGAUUACCCUCUGCAAGGACCGGGUUUGCUGUCCGUCCCCAGCCUUCCAGAAAUCAGCACUAUCCGAAGAGUGCCUCUCCCACCCGAGCUGGUUGAACAAUUUGGACAUAUGCAGUGUAACUGCAUGAUGGGUGUUUUUCCUCCCAUCAGCAGGGCCUGGCUUACAAUUGACAGUGACAUCUUCAUGUGGAACUAUGAAGAUGGAGGUGACCUUGCCUAUUUUGAUGGACUCAGUGAGACAAUUCUUGCUGUGGGGCUUGUCAAACCAAAAGCUGGCAUCUUUCAACCUCAUGUACGACACCUGCUGGUUUUGGCAACCCCUGUAGAUAUAGUAAUUCUUGGACUCAGCUAUGCUAAUGUACAGACAGGUUCUGGCGUUCUUAAUGACAGUAUGUGUGGAGGAAUGCAGCUGCUUCCGGAUCCUUUGUAUUCUCUUCCGACCGAUAACACUUACCUGUUAACCAUCACUUCCACUGAUAGUGGCAGGAUUUUUUUGGCUGGAAAGGAUGGCUGUUUGUAUGAAGUAGCAUACCAAGCAGAGGCAGGCUGGUUCAGUCAAAGAUGUAGGAAGAUCAACCACUCAAAGAGCUCACUCUCCUUCCUUGUGCCUUCCUUGCUGCAGUUCACAUUCUCAGAAGAUGAUCCUAUUGUUCAAAUUGAAAUUGAUAAUUCCAGAAACAUUUUGUAUACACGAUCGGAGAAAGGAGUAAUACAGGUUUAUGAUUUGGGCCAUGAUGGGCAGGGGAUGAGUAGAGUUGCCUCAGUUUCACAGAAUGCCAUUGUCUCUGCUGCUGGAAACAUUGCUAGGACUAUUGAUCGUUCUGUUUUUAAGCCGAUUGUUCAGAUAGCAGUGAUUGAGAACUCUGAAUCCCUGGACUGUCAGUUACUGGCUGUCACUCAUGCAGGUGUGAGGUUGUAUUUCAGCACUUGUCCAUUCAGACAGCCAUCAGCUCGGCCCAAUACACUGACAUUGGUUCACGUCCGACUACCUCCUGGGUUCUCAGCAUCUUCAACAGUGGAAAAGCCUUCAAAAGUACAUAAAGCUCUUUAUAGUAAAGGAAUUCUACUGAUGACAGCCUCAGAAAAUGAAGAUAAUGACAUUUUAUGGUGCAUCAACCAUGAUACAUUUCCUUUCCAAAAGCCAAUGAUGGAAACUCAGAUGACAACCCGUGUUGAUGGUCAUUCCUGGGCUCUUUCUGCAAUAGAUGAAUUAAAAGUGGAUAAAAUAAUCACACCUUUAAAUAAAGAUCAUAUUCCAAUAACUGACUCGCCGGUUGUUGUACAGCAGCACAUGUUGCCUCCAAAGAAAUUCGUUCUCCUCUCAGCACAGGGUAGUCUUAUGUUUCAUAAACUUAGACCUGUAGAUCAGCUGAGACAUCUGCUUGUGAGUAACGUCGGUGGAGAUGGAGAGGAGAUUGAAAGAUUCUUCAAAUUACAUCAGGAAGACCAAGCUUGUGCAACCUGCCUUAUCCUCGCUUGUUCUACUGCUGCCUGUGAUAGAGAAGUGUCUGCUUGGGCUACACGGGCGUUCUUUAGGUAUGGUGGUGAAGCACAGAUGAGAUUUCCAGCUACUCUUCCCACUCCAAGUAAUGUUGGUCCUCUCCUGGGGUCUCCAAUGUAUUCCAGUUCUCCUCUCCCUGGUGGUAGUGCCUAUCUGAAUCCACCCCCUUUGGGGACACCAUCCCAUGGCACUCAGCCUCCUACCAUGUCAACCCCAAUGUAUGCUGUGGGAAACCCAGCAAUGCAGGCGGCAGGCAUGAGUGGUUUGACUGGGCCAGAGAUUGUGUUCUCAGGAAAACACAACGGGAUUUGCAUUUACUUCUCUCGAAUCAUGGGAAAUAUUUGGGAUGCUAGCUUAGUUGUUGAAAGAGUAUUCAAGAGUUCCAACAGGGAGAUCACUGCAAUUGAAAGCAGUGUACCUAGCCAGCUGCUAGAGUCUGUGCUACAAGAACUGAAGGGUUUGCAGGAAUUUCUAGACAGAAAUUCCCAGUUUUCUGGAGGACCACUAGGAAAUCCAAAUUCUACUGCCAAAGUGCAGCAGAGGCUGGUAGGAUUCAUGCGGCCUGAGAACGGAAACACCCAGCAAAUGCAACAGGAGCUGCAGAGGAAGUUUCAUGAGGCUCAACUGAGUGAGAAGAUUUCACUUCAGGCGAUCCAGCAGCUGGUUAGAAAAUCCUACCAGGCUCUGGCUUUGUGGAAACUCCUUUGUGAACAUCAGUUUACUGUCAUUGUAGGAGAACUUCAAAAGGAAUUUCAAGAGCAGCUGAAGAUCACCACCUUUAAGGAUCUGGUGAUCAGAGACAAAGAGCUCACCGGUGCAUUAAUUGCUUCUCUUAUCAGCUGCUACAUCAGAGACAAUGCUGCUGUGGAUGGCAUUAGUUUACAUCUGCAGGACAUCUGCCCGCUUCUCUAUAGCACAGAUGAUGCGGUUUGUUCUAAGUUUCCAGAUUUUAUUGUGCAGUUUUUGGAGCAGCAAGUUUGUACUUUAAACUGGGAUGUUGGUUUUGUUAUACAGACCAUGAAUGAAAUUGGAGUGCCUUUACCUCGACUACUAGAAGUUUACGAUCAACUCUUCAAGUCACGGGAUCCAUUCUGGAACAGAGUGAAAAGGCCACUGCACCUUUUGGAUUGUAUCCAUGUAUUACUAACAAGAUACGUUGAGAAUCCAAGCCAAGUUUUAAAUUGUGAGAGGAGAAGAUUUACAAACCUCUGCCUGGAUGCUGUUUGUGGUUAUCUGGUUGAACUCCAGUCAAUGAGUUCUUCAGUAGCAGUACAAGCCAUCACUGGGAAUUUUAAAUCUCUCCAAGCAAAGUUGGAACGGCUUCAUUAAUUAUUGUAGUAUAUUUUUCUUCUUGCAUUUUGGUCUGUAAAAUAAAAGCUCAGCUGGGUCCAGAAAUCAGGUGUUGUAUAUCUAAGAGUUUUGGUAGAAAUUUCUUUUUAAUAAGUGAUUGUUAGCUACAAAUAGUACAUUUGCCAAAUGAAUUCUUUUUUAUGACUAAUUUUUGUUUUGUUUUGUUGAUUAGUUGGGUCCAGGUAUGUAGCCCAGUGGUAGAAUGUUUCUGCAGUAUGUAAAAUGCCCUGGAUUCAAUUUCCAGCACUACACACAAACACAUCAAUUUGCAAAAAACUGAAAUAAGAUUGUGUAUGAUUCUGACACACAAAGAUAAAGUUCUUAUUUUAAAUUUUACUACUAGCAACAAUUUUGAAUUUGUAUUAUUUAUUUCCAAGUUUAUCUGGUAUCAGUGAUUAGAUCCAGGUCUUGGGGAGGCAAAGGCAGGCAGAUUUUUAGAACUCAGGGAGAGUUCCAGGC